AUGGGAAUGCUAGAGCAAACGGAGGAGGAGCAAGUUUUGUCUGAUCUACAGUCGUUGAAGACGCUCUAUGGGCUGCUUCACAAGGAUCAUGCAGAUGAAAAUUUAGAUGAAACAUCAAGAGCCUUUUUGAUGAGGAUCUUAGAUGACGCUACUCAGCAGGUUCUCUUGAGGCAGGCAAAGAUGAUAUUAGGGCCCGUAAUGUCACCUGUGCUGGAGAGGAAGCUCUCCAUCCAGCUUGAUCCCCGGACACGCGGCGACGCCGUGCCUCGCCUGAAGCCGAUAGCUUCACCCAGCCCCAGCCUCCAUGCCAGCGAGAGAUCCCACUACCGCCACGCCCACGAGGACCAUCUCCUUGUUCACAUCGCCUCGAAUCGCUCGUCAAAAACCGCAAUGCCACAGCACGGUACGGUGGCCGGUGAGACUCCAUGCUCAGACAGGAGGGGUGGGCACGUGCCGCGCCGCAGCUCCGGCCGUGGCGAUCAGUCGUCGAUAGAGCGCAGCAGCAACACAAGCCGCUCCCUCUCCCGCGAGUCGUCAGUACAGGAGCGGGCAUGGCGGCUGCAUCCCGGAACAUCGGCGUCCCGGGGCGUGGAAACUGAGGGCUCAUCGAUGCACUGUCUCUCGAGGCUGGACUCUGGCCUGUCCAUGAGCGUGGCGUCGCGCGGUGGCUCCGGGCGAGGAGGGAAACGAGGCAGUGGCACUUGAUU